UUUUGACGCACGCGUUCUCCUCCAAGAAGAAUCUUUCCUCUCUGCUUGAAGGGAAGAUUAACGUUUUUUAAUAAAGUGUAUUUACACCUGACAGUCAGAGUUGAUCCCUCUGUCCUCCGCUCCGGGUCUCUCUCUCCUCUCUCUGACCCUCUCCCUGAUCGAGCACCACCUGUGGCGGAUGAGUCAGCCUCCACCACCACCACCGUGCGCUGUGUGACCCCGCAGCUGUUUGGGGACAGAGUCCGCCUGCAGACAAAGCUCGGAGAGAGGAAACACAGCGCUGAACACUCAGUUAAUGAUCUGCCCACGCCGCGAUGCACAAUCACACCGACAUCUCCGCCUGUUUGACAUCACCGCCGCUCUCCUGACGCCGAUUGUUCUGCAAGUUUUCAUCGUCGCUUCCGUCUUCUUCUCAGAGCGGCUUGAAGGUGUGAUUAUUGGAGGAGGCUUGAAUGUGUGAUUUUUAAGAGGAAGUGCCCGGUGAUCAUUUUCGUGUUCCACGCGCAGUAAUGCGAGCAGCGGCGGGGCUGGAGGGUCGCGGAGAGCGGGACUGAGCGGCGGAGAACGUGCGCGUCUUUCUUCGGACACAUCUCGGAGGAAACAGCGGCUCGGCUCGGCUCUGACAGCCUCCUCUUGGCUUUGCGAUGUCUGCAAGAAAGACAUCACUGACGGACAAGCAGACUAAAAACGGAACCUCCAAAUAUGUGCUGGAGAGAUGCGCCUCUGUUAACGAGUAUUAUGAUAUCGCCUUCAAGGUGAUGCUCCUGGGAGACUCUGCCGUGGGGAAGACGUGCAUCUUGGUGCGCUUUAAAGACGGAGCAUUUCUGGGAGGAAACUUUAUAGCCACCGUUGGAAUAGACUUUAGGAAUAAAGUGGUGGACGUGGACAACAUGAAAGUCAAACUCCAGAUCUGGGAUACGGCGGGCCAGGAGAGAUUCCGCAGCGUAACACACGCCUACUACAGAGAUGCCCAGGCGUUACUGCUGCUCUAUGACAUCACCAGCAAGCCGUCGUUUGACAACAUCAGGGCCUGGCUCACGGAGAUACACGAGUAUGCCCAGAAGGAUGUGGCCAUCAUGUUGCUCGGCAACAAGUCAGACAUGGCUGCAGAGCGGGUGGUGAAGACGGAGGACGGAGAGAAGCUGGCAAAGGAAUACGGCGUGCCGUUUAUGGAGACCAGCGCCAAGACGGGAGUAAAUGUGGAGUUGGCUUUUCUCGCUAUCGCAAAGGAGCUGAAGCACCGAGCCACACAGCAGCCCAACGAGCCCAAGUUCCAGAUCCACGACUACAUCGAGUCUCAGAAGCAGAAGUCAGGCUGCUGUGGCAUGUAGCCGAGAGAGAGAGAGAGACAGAGAGAGAGAGAGAGAGAGAGACAGAGAGAGAGCGAGAGAGAGAGAGACAGAGAGAGAGAGAGAGAGAGAGAGAGAGAGGGCGAAAGAGACAGAGAGAGAGAGGGGGAGAGAGAGGGGGGGAGAGAGACAGAGAGAGAGAGGGAGAGAGGGAGGGAGAGACAGAGAGAGAGAGGGCGAAAGAGACAGAGAGAGAGAGAGAGAGAGGACAGUGAGUGAGGACAGAGAGAGAGAGAGGGAGGUAAAAUGUCUGCUCUCAUAACAAAAGCCAAUCCAAGCACCAUCGCCCCCGAGAAGAAGUGGACGUCCUCGGCUUCUCCUCUAAACUUUGAGAUGAAUCCGGAUUGGUCGCCAUCCCUAAACUGAAAUGUGAAUCAAUCAAUUUCUUUUAUGUCACGUGUUACAAAUGUUUGUGGUCUCUGUGGUGACGGUUGUCAGGGGUUACGAUCUGAAAUGCUAUAUCCAUCUGCACCGCUGCAAACUUCACACAGAACAUGUUGCAUUCAACGAGUAACUAUACAACCUCAAAUUCUUCCUGAACCCUUCCUCCGAUCAUAUUUAGAAAACUUGAGCGGUGUGAGGGUCACAGAGGAGGCGGUCUGAGUUACGAUCUGUGCAGAACUGGAAGAUUUUCCAGCCUCGAGGAGUUUCUGUAACUCUGCUAGAACAAAAAAAAUACAGAGUGUCCGAGCUUCUGCAGCCAAUAGAAGCACAUUAAAGUUUGGAUUAGGAUAAAGGGGACAGCUGGUUGUAUGAGGUAGUCGGUUAUAGUCAGAGUUUUCCCAGACAGCACGGCUCCUGUCUGGAGAAGUAAAGCUACAGAACGGACACAGAAGCUGAACUGUGAAACUAGCAAAACACAUUUUAGCAUCUUAAAGAGAGAGUAAAAUAAUCAGCAUCAGUUUAACUGGAGCAUAUUCAAAUAAUUUUAGUAUUUCCCCUUCCUGUUGGACAGACCUUUAGCACUGGAGGUUUCUUCUUGCUCACUGCAGGAGACAGCCUCUAGUGGACAUUUUAGGAACUGCACCUUUUAGCAUGUGCUUUAUUUUUUAACACCUGAGCUUGCUGCCUGCACAUGAGGUCACAUUGUGUUACAUUUAAGAUCAGCUGUUUUGCUCACAGAGUCCAGUGGUGAACUCGAACAGAAAUCAAACUUCACUUUGCAGAAGAAACAAAACAAAGAGUGUCCACCAAUCACCUCUCGACUGAUCGAUGUGGCUCGCUGCACUGAAUGCAAACAUCAACUUUCAGAAUGCAGAGUAGGUUCAGCUAUACAAAGAGUUUGUGUUGGUUGUUUUGGUGCAAAAACUGUGAGCAUCUGGAGGUAGAAUAAAAAGUAGAGAGGUGGUAAAUACUCCUACUGCAGAGGAACCCAAAUAAAAAGAGAAACAAUGUGAUGUAAAAUAUGUAAAACAGGUGAAAUAAAGAAUGGUACAGUGGUGCCAGCGUUUGCAAAAAGCUUAUAGUAUAAAAUGCUGAGACUUCUCCAAACAGGAGCUGUGCUGACAUCGACCUUCUGUAGGUUUAAAACCGAUAUAUUUAAAUUUACAAUCGUUCAACUUCACCUUAAAUAUCUGAAUGAUCUCUUUUCCCGCGCUCCACUGUCACCGUGGUCAGAGUUAGCUUAGCCGCAUUAGCUUUGUUUGGCUCGAGGAGUUUGCAGGUUUGACUCGUUAUAAAGUUAUCUUAUCAAAAACAUGAAAGGUGUGUUGAUUUGGAUAAAGCAUUUCUCUCGUCUCAGUUUUUCAGGCUCUGAAUCCUUUUGGCCUCUCGGUCUUCAUCACGUUUCUUUUUUUUUAUGAUCCGUGUGUUUGAGACGUUCAGACUUCAGUCUCAGAUUGUAGCUCAAUGAUCCGUCUGUUCACAUCUGUACUGCUGUUAGAAUAAAGCCCGCGUGUGAGGGCACCGCCCGCUCUGUGUGUGUGUGUGUGUGUGUUUAAUUCAGGGCCGAGAGAAGCUUACAUCACAACACAAGUCCGUGCUCAUGAUCUUUAAUACGUCAUCUUUGGUUGGAGGUUUCCCAGCAUGCAGCUUUCUUCUUACACUCACACACGCUGUUGUCUCUUUUUCGGGUAGACGUUGUUGUGUAGACCCGUGGUUCUUGACUGGUCGAGCCUCAGGACCCCCCCCUUUCCACACAUUCCCAACCCGCUGACAACGCCUCCGUGACCCGCUUUGGGGUCCCGACCCGCCAGUUGAGAACCACCGGUAUAGACUGUAUCGAAGCUGUAUUUGUUCCCGCCCCGCCUCGUGUCACGACGUUCAUCAUGAAUGUUUGUCCGUCCUCUGAGGCGUCCGGUGAUCACAAAGUGCCAUGAGAAAGUGCUUUGUUAUCAUAUUAUAAAUAUAAAAGAUCUAUUUUGUAAUGUUUGUGCUGUUGUUUCACUGACGUCCCGUCUGUGUGUCCUCUGUGUGUGUGUGUGUGUGUGUGUGUUGACAGGGUGUGAUGAGGUUAAUGAGCCACUGUGUGGCAGCAGCGACUCUGUUUAUUCUCCAGUUUGAUGCAGUAAAGAAAGAAAAGUGAUGAUCAGACAGGGGGGGGGGGUCUGUGAGAGGAUGUGAUUUAUAAAGGAAAUACAUGUACAUACUGAAUAAAAAAACACUGUUUAAUAAGAGUUAAAGAAUUAAAUGAAAAGAUCAUAAAAGUGUUUAAAAAGUGAUGUAAAAAAAAUCCUUCAGGCAUUAAAUGUGUUUAUAAAGUUCAAA